AUGAAUGCAAAAAAUUCCCACAAUCACAUUGAAAACAAUUCAAGAAAGUAUUUAGCGGGUGGAGACAAUAUUAAAAUUAAGCGAAAAGCAGGGGAUAAUAAAGGCGAACUUUACAAAUUAUUCGGUACAGCUGCUGACGACAGAAGAUCUCAUCAAAAUCAAACUACCAACAGUUUAAAGGCUACACUUAAGUAUAUCAAUUCCAAUUACGUUGACAAUCAUUCAAGCAUAGUUAAUUUUAAUGGUAGUAAAUGCAGUGUUAAAGAUACGCAAGGGCAUCUUAGUGUAAGGAGGUUGAAGAUGACUCUUAUUGUUAUAAUUUCGAUGGAACGGAAACUCAAAGCGAUAUUAUAA